GAUAGAGAAAAAGAGAGAGAAAGAAAAGCUGGCUAGAAUAAAUCGGAAAAGGAGGUGUUUCAUUCCCUUCACUUAGAUAGCGACAAGUCGUAUGUACAUUCCGUAGUUUUUUCCGGACAAGAAUCGUACUUGUACGAAGUGAGUGCCCUGCAGGGAGAAUACACUUUUUCGGACUAUAAACGAUAAUGGACGCGUUUGGCGACAAUUUUGUCAAUGAGCCGGAAGUAGAUCCAGCGGCAGAAUUUCUGGCAAGGGAGCAGGAUCAACUAGCUGGUUUAGAGGAUGAGAUUACUCCAAUGGCUGUGACUUUGGCUGCAGCGGCAGCAGCAGGACAAACCGAUGAUGAUCUGUCUGGAAAAUUCGGAAAUUUAAAAGUUGGCCCAGGUGGCGAUGCUGAAGGCAGUUUUGAAAUUGUAGAUACCAUCAGUCAGUCAACUGAGGCACAAGCAUUACCAACAGUGACAGAACCAGCACCUGUAAUUGCACCAGUCAAAGAAGAACCUGAAAAGAUUAAAAAAUGGAGGGAAGAACAAAAAGCACGUCUUGAGCAAAAAGAUGCGGAAGAGGAGAAGAAAAAGGAAGAAUGGAGAGAAGCCGCGAAAAAAGAGUUAGAAGAAUGGUAUAAACAUCAUGCAGAAGCCAUUAAUAAGACGAAAACUACUAACAGGGAGUCGGCCAAGAACGCGGAGAAGCAAUUCGUUGCAGAGGCGGAUGAGGUUGAACCGGGCACCGAGUGGGAACGCAUCGCCAAGCUUUGUGAAUUUAACCCAAAAUCGUCCCGCACUUCCAAGGAUGUCUCUCGGAUGCGUUCAAUUAUCUUGCAGUUAAAACAGACACCGCCCAUACCUCUUAACGCUAAUUAAAGUGAAGGAGCUAUUAGACAUUAAAGAUAUGAAUUAUAACAAAAAAAA